GUUAUAAUUUUAAGUUUUAACGGAAAACCUGAAGUUUUGGAAGCGCUUACUGAAAAUUCGAAAUCCUCCAGUUUGAGUUUUGAACCUGAUUAGUCGAUCGCCGUGAUUUGUCUAAUCUUUUUCUCGCCAACAGUUGGUGAAACUGCGAAAUUUUAUAUUUUUCGGAGAUCCGAAUUAGUAUCGGUUUCAAAUAGAUUAUAUGUAUGACAGUAUGGACAUACGUAUGUAUCACAGAAUUUGGUGAAGCUCUAAACGACUAGUAAUACCUAGAAGUUUAGAUCUCUAGUUAUUCGCACCACGCAAGCUUAUCUGUUGUCACCGAUGAGUUAAAACCUCUGAUAAUUUAACUUUGGGAAUCUUAAGUAUUAUAAAGAGAAUUAUUUCGGAGCAGAUCUUCAUUUCUUUGAGUAUAAAUAUGAUAAUGUAGGAGCGGCCAACUAUAAACGAAUCUUCGGGUAACGCCCGAUAGUUCGUGAGUACGAUCUUAAGAGUAUUGUUGACCUUACAAAUUUGGUUUAAAAGCUCAAGAACUACCGAUGAGACUGAAGAAAAUCGUUGAAGAAUGUAAAGCUCGACUUGGUGCAGGUGAUGACGAUGUGGCUGCAAUGUUCAAAUAUGAACCGGCAACUAAUAAACAAGUUAAGUGUCUUCAUGCCUGCACCAUGAGACUACUUGGCAUUUUGGAUAAAAAUAACAAACCGUUCGAAGCUGGAGCUAUGGCCUACAUAAAGUCGGUAACUGCUAGCAAUGCGGAAUUAGAGAAGUUGCUCACGGAGGUUUAUAACGAAUGCAAGUACAUCCCGGCAAGUAAGGAGGGCUGUGAGUUCUCUGAAGCUUUUCGUGUCUGCAUUAUAGAAAGGUCGAGAGCCAAAGGCAUUCAUAUGUUACUUCAUUAGAAAAUCAAAUUCGUUUUUUUAUUUUCAAGAAAAUGCUGAAUAAAUAUAAAAAUGCAAGAUGAAAUGUAAUUAUAAACAAA